GACAGCUUCCGUCAGUUGGUGGUGUUGUGCGGGGAGGUUCUCAAGCUGAUUUUCGAGUCGUAUCAUGGGAGCGUCAUCUUAGAAACCGAUUCCAAACUUCUGGUGGAUCAAAUGGAAUACCAGCAGAGACAAUCUUCGGUCGGAGAUGGCAACAAUCCAAGAGCUAGCUUAGUAUAAACUUGUCUUCCUUUUUUUUAGCCUUUGGAACGUAAUGCAAACUGGGCUGCUCAUCUUUAACGACCUCUCGUCUUGUUAGAGAGAGUUGAGUAGGAGUAGUGCCCAAUCUAAUCUAAUUCUCUCCCAACAACGUCAACGACUGAUCGAUUCCAGGCCUUCCCCUCUCAUUGCUCCCAUCCCCCAACAAGCACACGCCUACCUAGCUAGCAGCUGACCAUGGAUGAUGAUCGGCAGAGUGAUACCACAGGCGCGCCGCCCUCCAGCAACAACAGCAGCAAGACGGCGGAGCUGGACCCGGUGCUCAACUCCAUCGGCUUCCAGAUCCAGGAGGUGUCGCCGUCGCAGCUCACCGGCCGCCUCCCCGUCACAGACAAGUGCUGCCAGCCGUUCAAGGUGCUCCACGGCGGCGUGUCGGCGCUGGUGGCGGAGGGCCUGGCCAGCAUGGGCGCGCACAUGGCCUCGGGCUACAGCCGCGUCGCCGGCGUGCACCUCAGCAUCAACCACUUCCGCAGCGCCGCCGUGGGCGACGUCGUCCUCGUCCGUGCCGCCCCCGUCCACGUCGGCCGCUCAACCCAGGUGUGGGAAGUGAAGCUGUGGAAGCAGGAUCCAUCGACGCCGGGGAAGAAGGGGCCUCAGAUCUCGGAGUCGAGGGUGACGCUGCUCUGCAACCUCCCGGUGCCGGACAACCUCAAGCACGCCGCCGACGCGCUCAAGAAGCACGCCGCCACCAGCAGAUUGUAGACACGUACGUGCAUACAUAUACAUACUUGCAUCGGACCUGCAUGCAGAUCGAUCGAUGCAUUCACCUGCAGGGACUUGCUUGAUUAAUUUCCGAUUCUCAUUUCUGUCAACAGAAAAUAAUUAAUACGGCAUAUGUAUUAUUCGAUCUGUCUGUUAUACUGGACUUUGGGUUU